CGUCACCUUAAUCCUACGACCACUUAGGUUAAGUUACUCCGUAUGUACAGUACCCAUCAUCCAAACUCGUCGAAAUCAUCCUCAGUGUAGUUCUGUACGUUCAGCUUGCGUCAAAGGUCACAGUUGCCUCUAGUAUCCGCUCCGAGAUUGCCUGUGGAGUUCAUCAAGUUCUCCUCACAAUGGCGAGCUCCGUUGACAUAUCAGAUCUUCCUCCCGAGAUUCUUGCUCAGGUCUUCGACUACCUAGAUGGUCCAGCGCCCUCAGAACUUACGCUGCACGAACAACCUCAUAAAGGCAUUCUUCGGAGGAAUCAAGACCAGGAGCCCAACACUGUAGACCAUGGCUCUCACUUGUCGUUCACGGCAGAUCUGAAGUCAUCGUCAUGUGUCAGCAAACGCUGGCGUGCGAUGCUCCUGCCUCGCCUGUUUCGCAACGUCAUCUGGCGUCCUCACAUGACUUCGCUCAAACUCUUCAAUCUUCGCCCAAUUUCCAUGCUUCAAUUCAUGCUAGACAAUGACCUGGAUCACUACGUUACCACGUUCACUAUGAUGGUAGAUUUUACUGCCGAUGACGUGGACGACAGCCAACUUCAUCAUCAGAUACAAUCAGGCGACCUGGAGUGGCUCUGGGAUCAGCUCUUCUCCGUGAUUGACCCUCUGCGAUUUACAAUUAUUGCGCCACCUGCCACGCUUGCAGCUCUCAUGAAUCGAAUGUUGUUUCUUACUGACGCAUGGUCAUUCGAUGUUCCGUACCAUAUCUUAUCAUUGGCAAAGUCAACUCACGAUAAAAAGGAACACGCCUCGAAGAGCCCGGGCUUUGACGAACCGGGCCCGUCACAGUCACAUCCCAUUAUCAAAAGCGAUGUGGGCGCCAUCUCCUCAACCACAGAAGAGACGGCAAAUCGUCAACAUGUAGAUCUGAAGCUCGCUAUGGAUAGAGCGUCAAUUGCACUGCCAAAGGCUGGGCGCCGUCGAUACUGUCCACCUCCGGCACCACCUGCCAGUCCUCUAUUCACGAUCCGCCCAUGGACUUCAAUAUUGCUCAACGAAGGCUCUUCAAUUCGUGCUUACCAAACAUACGAGUUCUUCCUACGACAGCCGCCCUCGAUGCUCAGCGCUCUCUUGGGAACCGGGGAAUAUCCUAACAAUCAAGCCCUGCUUCCUCCAAGCAUCGUGGACUUCAACUAUAUCGCUGUCUUUCCCCUUGCAUCGCACGUACAUGCGCUACUUUCAAACUUGCCAAGGCUUGAUAGGCUAUUUGUCCAGCUCACACCCCGGCCUUCCAACGAGAUCCUACAGGACCAGAAAGCUAUGAAAAAUAUAGACAUGGCUGACUUAUGGAUGGAGCGCAACACGGCAUAUAGUCAUCUGUUCGCCGAACUUACACAGGUGAAACCACACAGUAACUGGAGCUCACUGAAAGUAUUUGAGAGUGGAGAUGCAGCAGACAAGGAAAGCUGGAAUAUGGCCGUUGAUUUCCUCAGACGAAGCGACAUCACCAAUUGGGUAGUGGAGCGGGAUGGCGUUCUUGUCAAGACUGCCGAAGAUGGUACAGCAACCGCGUCUACAGGAUCCGUGAUCCACCACCUACUCGGGGAGGAGUCCUUGAGCGUGCCUUUAUUCCAGGGAUCCCUAGAGCGAAUCGCUUUCAAUGGCACUACUUCCCUACCGUUCUCGAGCAGAGAACUUUACGUUCACGAUGGUGAUGAUCAAAGCAACGAUUAAAUCACGGUAGCUAUCACGAUCGAGUGGGAGCACUUGUUGCAAAACAGCCAGAGCCAUGAGAAGCUAUGAUCGUAACUUGGACGGAAAAUCGAAUUGAUUGCUCGUGCUGUUCCAUUAGAUACGGCUUCAAUCCGCAGAUACUCAUCUACAUGGCUGUUGAUGAUGGGCCACGAAGAACCCUCUUUUCUUGUCAUU